AUGGAGGGGAACAGGAGCAGGGAUGGAACACCAACAGGGAGGGAGGAAAUUAGGCUUGACAGGCUGGAGAAGUGGAUGGAAAAGUGGGAGAGAAAACAGAAAGAGGAAUGGGAAGAAAAGAUGGCAGACCUGGAAUACCUGAUCAGGAAAGAAGUAGGGAAAGUGAAAAUACGGUGUGAAAAUUGUGAGAGGAGAAGAGGAGAGUCGGAAGAGGAUCAAUUGACAGAUCAGCUCAGAGACACGCAGGAACGACUGAGAGUGAGUGAAGAUCAGGUGGAGGAGUUAGAGUCAAAAGUGAGGCAGUGGAAAGGGGUGGCAGAGACAUGGAAGAUCAGAGCAGAAGAAGCAAGAGAAGAAUUGAAGAAGACAAAAGACGCGACAGAAGACGGAAGGGAUGUCCCGAUAAGUCCAGCAAAUACGGUGAGAACAGUGAGCCCGUCUGGAAGCCUCUCAGGCAGAAGGGGUGACCCUAGCACAUGGAGCGAAAGCGACAGGAGGGUUGGGGGCCCUGGAGGCCAGAGAGCACAGAUAGGGCAAGGGCACAGAACCAUGGAAGAGCGGAGGAAUGAGACCAAGAGACUGAAAGUUAGGGAGGACGAGAGGAAUCAGGAGGGAGAGGGCGAUGGAAAGGAGAGGGUUGAGAGAGAUAGAGUCGAAUUAAAGGAGAGGGGAGCAGAAGAAGAGGAGGUAGGUUUCAACAAUCCACCACCAAGGAAACUGACACAAGAAGAAAGGGAAGAGGAACUAGAGAUGAGAAGAUUAAGAAGGAAAAACAUGAUUAUUGAGGGAUUAACAUUAAUCACGAGGACAAGGAAAGAGGAGUUAGAGCACUGGCUAUGGGAAACACUUGGAGUGAGAGCGAGGGUGGAGAAGUUGGACAGAAGAGAGGAGGGAGGGCUGACGGUCAGAAUGGAAGAGAGAGCCAGCAAAAUAGAGGUAAUGAAGGAGAAAACGAAGCUGAAAGAGUUGGGAUGGGGGGUGUACAUCUCGGACGAUCUCACAGACAGACAGAAGGAGGUACAGGCAUGGCUGGAAAGAGAAGCAGAAAACUGGAGGAAGACCAAGAAGCAGGCAGGGACAAAAUAUAACUGCAUCUGUGUGGAUGGUAUCUGGUUGGAGUGGGAUGAGGUGGAAGGAGAAAUGAGGCAAAAGGUCGCAAGGGAAAGGACCGAGAGGAGAGGGCCCUUUUAG